UUAUAUAUAAACGGAGGGAGGGAAAAGGAGAAUAGGGUGACGGGAGAAGUGAAAAAUGUCUCCGGCAGUGGUGGCGUCCGCCGCGAAACAGGCGGAGCAACUCAGGCUACAUGGUAAUCGUUACUUUAAAAAAGAUCGAUUUGGCGCAGCCAUUGAUGCUUACACGGAGGCUAUUGUGUUGUGCCCUAAUGUGCCUAUAUAUUGGACAAACCGCGCUCUCUGCCAUCGGAAGCGGAAUGAAUGGACAAGAGUGGAGGAGGAUUGCAGAAGAGCAAUUCAGCUGGAUCAUUAUUCUGUCAAGGCCCAUUAUAUGCUUGGUCUGGCAUUACUGCAAAGGAAAGAAUAUGCAGAAGGUAUCAAGGAAUUGAAAAAAGCAUUGGACUUGGGAAGGGGUGCAAACCCUAAGAGCUACAUGGUGGAGGAAAUAUGGCAGGAGCUUGCAAGGGCUAAAUACUUAGCAUGGGAACAUGAAUCCACGAAGCGUUCUUGGGAACUCCAAAACUUAAAAGAAGCAUGUGAGGCGGCGCUGAAGGAGAAACACUUCCUUGAUGCUUCUGAAAUGGAAGGUUUUGUAGAUGAAAAUGCAAAAUCUAAUCUAGAACAAUUAGAAGCUUUAGGCCGAGUAUUCAACAAAGCUGCCGAAGAUGAUACUCCAACUGAGGUGCCCGACUACCUAUGCUGUAAAAUCACGUUAGACAUCUUCCGUGAUCCCGUAAUCGCUCCAAGUGGGUUUACGUACGAGCGAGCAGUGAUCCUCGACCAUCUGCAGAAAGUGGGAAGAUUUGACCCAAUCACCCGCGAAUCGCUUUAUCCAUCACAGCUGGUACCAAAUUUGGCCAUAAAAGAAGCUGUAAGUGCAUAUCUGGAAAAGCACGGAUGGGCCUAUAAGAUGGAUUGAUGUCGUUGCUUCAAUUAUUUAUGUUGAAUUUUGUUGAACGCCUGGCAGAAAGCAGCAGGUCAUUACGUUCAUACCAGUAGCACUAAAAUGCAGAAUCUUGUGAUCCCAAAAUGUACAGCAUAGCACUCUGUAGAUGAUCAGAAGACACCUGGUUCAGCUUGUACAGUUGUAGUAGUAGACCUUCUGCCUAAAGAUGGGAUCCAAUGGAAGUGUAGUCCAAAUUAUGUACCGUCUAUUCGGACAAAAGUCGAGCUGAAAACAUCUCCUUCAUUUGAUUAACUUGACAUUUGAUUGGA